AUGGACUACAAACCUUCAGUCGAUAUCUCUGACAUCUCCAGGUCAAUGUUAAAGUACCCAUGGCUGGAAUAUCCAGGAAGGAACAAAGAACUCAGAAAAGCCUCGGCUCCUGUUUAUCUGUCCUUGUCCUGCCACCAAAUACCAAAGGAAGAGUUUCCCCCAAGUCCAGAGUGCUGGAGGCAGCAUCCAAGCAAGCCCAAUGCAAUACCUUACUGCUAUUUCAAGAAGCCUGAGCUCUACACACACAGGCACACACUGUAUGAUCAGCGACAGGAAUGGGAGGCCCAGAAGAUGCUGCAGAGAAUGAGAGAUCACCCUAGGCACCUCAAAGAGGAUACCCCCAUCCAAAAGGUUCACCUCCCCAAGAUCAAGUUGACUAUAAAAUCUCAGGCAACAUCCAAGCCUUUACACCCUAUUGGGGACCCCCCGAAGUGGCUCAGAUUAAAGGAACUCACAAACAGCCUGAACUCUCCCAGAGAAGAUGAGCAGUUCUAUGCAGCACAGGCCCUCGGGUGCCUGGGCAUCGGUGACAAGUUCGUCAUUGAGGCACUGUUGCAGGUGGCCCAAACUGGUCCAGAGAAAGUGAAGUCUGAGGCCUGCCGCACCUUGGCCAUCCUGGGUUGCCUGAAUAAGCACGUGAUCCAGUCUGUCAUCAAGCAGUUGACGGGACAAAAUGAGAAGCAGAGGAUGGAUACUCUGAUGGGGCUCCGAGUGGCUCUGAACUCCUGGGCUGCUGUCCCCAAAGACAAGAGGACGCCAGUCGGGGAUGAAGAGAAGCUGGUACCUGUGCUGCAGCUGCUGAUCCAGAAGUCACUGAGGGCAACAGCCAUGGAAGCAGCGCUGUGCUUGGGUUUCCUGAGGCCCUGCAGCAACACAGCCCGGCAGUUCUUGCUGCAGGGCCUGUGCCAAGGGCCCAUGACCCAGCGGAUGAAGGCACUUAGGAUGCUGGUCACGGUGAUGCGCGUGCACUCAGCUGCGGUCAUCAAGGCGACCCUGGACCAGCUGUGCCGUUCCAGCGUCAUGGAGCACCGCUUUGAGGCCACCCAGAUGCUCAAGAGCAUCGGGCUGGAACAGAUCCAGGCACACGGGCUGGAGGGACUCCUAUUUGACCUGCUCAGGGAGAAGAUCUAUAACGAGCCCUUCCCCGCUGUGAGGCACGCUGUGGCUGAAACUGUGGAAGAGUUCAAGAUGAAGCCUACGAUGAUGAACCUGGUGGAGGAGCAACUGAUGAACUCAAAUGCCAUUGCACGCCAGCAAGCAGUCGUCUCCCUGGGCGCCCUGGGGAUCCGCAGUCCACAAGUGUUCCAUUUGCUCCUGGACAUGCUAGACGAGGAAAAGAACCAGUCUGUGAAGAAGACUCUACAAGAAACACUCCUUCUUUUGGCUUCAAUUGAUCCCUGGAUCCAAAAGAAGCUGAAAAACAAGGCUCUCUUGGUAUAUGAGGCACCUAAGACCAAGAAGGCAGAGCCUACGAGAUUCCAGAACAAGCCUGAGAACUCAGAAGAGUUAAAUAUCCAAGAUUUUCGACUUGCACAGCUGAACCCCUUUCUUAUUGCAAAGGCCAGUGCCUCCUUGGACCAACAGAAAAUGCUGAAUGCCCAGAAAGGGUCUGCCUGCUACCUCACCAAGGCCUUCCCAUCCUGUUUCUCUAAACCACUAGGACACAACUCACCGGCCACAGGGUCGUGGGCACCAGGGAUCAGGAAACCAUUCCAGAUCCUUGCCCAAACCCCCAAGUAG